UGCGUUACAUCGGCUGUAGCGUCUUUAAAAAACCAGCCUUCACGUUUUUACUAGUAUGUAUGUAAUCGGUACUGUCUUUGCCUCUUUAAUAACCUUUCUCUUUCUGAAAUGGAUGAAGAAAAGAAAAUUUUGCAUGGAUCCCAAACGGCUCGAUGGAAAGACCGUGCUAAUUACGGGAGGAAACUCUGGAAUUGGUAAAGAGACUGCUGUCGCUUUGGCCAGGCGGGGAGCCCGGGUGAUUAUUGCCUGCAGAGAUGCACAGAAAGCAGAUGCAGCUGUGCGGGAAAUCAAGAGUGAGAGUCACAGUCUCAACGUGCUCAGUAUGCCUCUGGACCUGGCCAAUUUGCAGUCUGUCCGGGACUUCUGUCGAACUUUCCUUCAGAUUGAGAAGAGACUUGAUAUACUGAUCAAUAAUGCUGGUAUACAGGGUGUGCUGGAUUGGACAGAUGAUGGGUUUAGUAUGUGCUUUGGUGUCAAUCAUUUGGGUCACUUUCUACUUACUAACCUCUUGCUUGGUCGUUUAAAAGAAUGUGCCCCAUGCCGUGUGAUUACCCUCAGUUCUACUGUAUAUAAGUACCAGAAGCUGGACUUUAAAGAUUUGAACUACAAUAUUGUUCCUUUCUUCACCUACUGCCGCAGUAAAUUGGCAAAUAUCUACUUCACUCAGGAGCUAGCAAGACUUAUGGAAGGAAAAGGAGUCGUGGCCUACUGUGUACAUCCAGGGUAUGUCCAUAGCAAUUGGACCUCCAACUUCUCCAUUCUUUUUCGCAUAAUCAUGCAUGUCAUCAUGUUGAUGUUUUUUGUGUCCCCUGAAGUUGGUGCACAAACAGUUGUCCACUGUGCAGUCAGUGACGAGGUGCUACAGCAUAAUGGCGGCUUCUUCUCAAACUGUCAACUUGCUAAACUGCGUCCUUUUGCUGAAGAUGCUGGUGUAGCUAAGAAGCUUUGGGAAACAUAGCAACUGAAUUGGACAUGGUUGAUGGUUGAAAUCAGGUGGUGAAUGAAUAUGAAGAAAGUCUACAUGAAACCCUAACUCUUUCCAGGGGAUUCUUGCCUUCAUUUGACCAGUGCAUUUGAAUGAGCAGUGCAUCGGUUAAGGUACACUUCAAACAGGUACACCUCUUCAUUUAGGAUGUGGUCUUAUGCAAAAGGAUUUUCAAACAUGUCUUAAGGUGUAGGCAAGAUGGAACUUUGUGUUUUAAUAUCUUGAAAAUGUUGUUGAUAAUAAUGUGCUUUAAGUAUCUGGGUAGAUUUAACACAUGACAUUGUUUUUGUAUUACUCCAACAAAAUGUUUUUUUUUUUUUUGCCAAGCUUUUCCAAGCUGCAGCUGCAGUUGGAGUUGUAUGUGAAUCUUAAAUCCUCUUAUGGUAUGUGUGCACUGCAAAGUCUCUGUUCUAUUGUAAUAACACCUUUGCUAACUUUAGAGAAAGUCUAUGUGUUUUAAUACUUUGCCUGCUAAAGCUUUGCUAAAGUUGUCCUGAGUACUGCUUUUAUCUUUGAGGACACUAGAUGGCACACAAUUGCCAGACAAAUCAUAUGGUCUUAUUUAAUCUCCUCCUUUUAUUUAAACGUGAAGCUGCCCUGUCAUUUAAGAGGUCAAAAUUGCUGUAUAUGUUAAAGAACGAAAUGAGAGCAGGAAAGGCAUUUCAUGUAUGUAUUAUUUUAAUGCAAUGCCCAAACUGUGAUUUAAAUAACUCUUAAAGAACAGUAGGACCCCGAUUUCUACAACAUAACCUCUUAUCCGGUUUAUGGUCAAAGUGCACAGUGUGUCUUAUUGUUAAUUUUUAACACAGUUAUUGUGAAGGUUCCAAAUUCAAAUGUCAGUUAUACUGUACUAGCAGUAUAAAAAGUGUUGUUUAAGAAUGCAUAUUACUUUGAAUCUUACGUGUAGGGUAAAGUGUGCUGAAAUUGAAAGAACUUAGAAAAUGGAACACCAUAAAGUGUGUGCUGUGCGUGGCUCCAAAAUCAUCAAGGUGGAAGACAGGGAAAUUCAAUGCAUAAUUUUGAUGGUGAUUACAAGCUGCAGAGCAACAGCUGCAAACGUUAAUGGAUCAGAACGUCUUUUAGCCCAGAAUCACCUAUAGUAUUUGAAAGGUUUGAUUUCUUCACUUCAGGGCCAACUAUCUUUAAGUUUUUAAGGUAAGGAUAGGGGUUGGUUUUUGAUAACCCAAAAUAUUCACUGGGUCAGGGUAGGAAUAGGUCUGGUCAUCUUUUAUCCCAAAAUACAAUACUCUGUUGCAUCUGAGCAGAUUAAUUUCUUAACCUUAGGGCCCCUAAACCAAACGUUUUUAAAGUAAGGGUAGGAUUAUGUCACAAGACAGCCUUUAGCUGCUACCUGUAUGACAUUAGAUUUUGCUUCUACGUUUUAGUGUGACAUCUUCCUCCACUGUUUCAGCACAGAUAGCCUGAUAUUGUUAGGCAACUGACCUGUCCAAUAAUGCAAAUGCACCUAAUAAGCCUUGGCUUUGUCAGGCACAGAGUGACGCACAGUGGCUCAAUUUGCUGAGAACUUGCUCUUUCAAAUAUUAUUGUCAAGAAGUAUACAUAGCAAGUAUCUGACACUGUGGAUUAUAGUGAAACAUAACAUAACAGAAUCCAGUUGGUUAUCUAUGACAUCUCAACAGCAUGUCUAUAGGUUAAUCAUUAAUGUUCUUGUACCCUUUAUGUGCUCCAUCAAAAACAAGAUACAACAUCAAGGAAUGCAUGGCAGUACACUGCUGCUGGAUUUUCUGGCGUGGAUCUGUUUAAAACCAGAUAAAUUGGACUGUGCCUUCAUUCUUGCCUAACCGCAAUGUUGGCUUAACUGAGUCUGACCAUCAGGUAAGUUACAACAAAAUCAGACUUCACUAAUUUUGUUGUGGCGUACCAAAGAUUGGCAUGACUGAGUUGCUAGCAACAUCACACUGCUUGACCAGAGGUCACGGGCACAUGCUGCCUCUCACAAUGUGUUUCUGAGAUCAUGUACUGUAAAUGAAGGCUGCGAUUGAACAUCACUGGAUGAGUCAAGUAGUGUGAUGGUCAAGAAGAAUUUUUUUAUAGCAUGUUUUCAUAGAGCACAGGGAUGAUGGGUUUCCUGAUACUAGUGCUUUCAGUGGGGUCCCAAAUUGAACAAUCAAACAUAUGAAGAGUCCAUCAAAAACCUCAAAUUAUCCAAAUUUCAUGCAUCCAGUUUUAUGCCCACCACAUCCCAAACAGAUGUAGUUGACCUAAAAUACUGUUAAAUGAGCCAUUUCUGGAAAUUCUCUUGUGUAUGACAGAGAAGUAAAAUCAAACGAGACAGAGCUUUGGAAUUGAAGAUCCACUCCUCUCAUAAUGGACUCCCACCCAGUCUAGGUUUGGUUUCUGUCUUGUGCCACAGUGUUGCCAGUAUAUGCUCUUGCUCCAUCCCCAUCCUUCGGAACUGGAUAAGUUUAGGAAUUUUAUGUUAUGCUAUGUCAGGAAACUAUUGUACAUUUGUGUUCUAUUUAAAUGGCAAUUUAGUUUGUUUGCCGAAUGGUGACAUGGUGGCUCACAGCUUCAGGUGACAGAAUUUGAAUUACCUCCUGGUCAUUUUCUAUAUCAAGAGUGGUGCAGAAUGGGUUUGUCUGUAUGGGCAGUGGUGUAGAUUAGGUUCAGUCACUCUGUGAGGAGGCUGCAUGUUCUCCUCGUGUGUUUGUAUGGGGCUUUCCUCUCAGUAGUCUGGUUUUCUUCCCAUAUUGCAAAUACCUGUGGGUUAAGUUAACUGGUCACUCUAAAUUGGCCUUUUCUGAAUCAGUGUUGAGGUGUUGGCAUAUAUCAUGAUGAACUGUGAAGGAAUCCCCAUUGGUAACACAAAUGGUGCCCUUGUGGGACAAAGAAGACUGUUCACAUUCAGGUAUGCUUUGUAAUAAUCUAUGCAGCAAAGGCAUUUUCUUAGUAGUAUUAGUAGAUAUUAUUUUAUCUUUUCCCAGUGUACACCAACUAUCAUUUGUCUGCAGCCUUGAAAUGUUUCAGGGUAUAAAAUAUUCUCCUCCUGCAUCCUUCUAAUUCUGUCUCUUUCUUUGUUCUCUUAUCUUCAGUUUGUUGUAGUUCCUUAUCCUAGCUCAUAAAGGUAUGCUUCAGCAACAAGGAUACACGAUUUUUCAAUUUUAUAGUUGGAUAUAUCCAUGGUAUUAAAUUACAGCUUAUUUGUCUGAAACGUCAAUAAAAAAUGUAACUGAAGUAUAGCUGAGUGAUGAUUAGUCACAUAACAAGAAAGAAAUGAAGGGGACAGUCGUGACUUUGAAGUGGACAUAUUUUGCAUUUUUUGAGGUUUUUGUUACACAUUAGCUCUGGGGUCCCAUAAAUCACCAUUGCUGUGUUAACAUGUUCAGAUAGAUGUUAAAUCUGAUGUGUCAAAAUGGAAAUGCCAUGUGAAUGCUUUUUCGGUCGAAAUGCAUUAGGAGCAAAUUGAUACAUACUCACUAUAUUUGUCUUGCUCUUUAAUUCUAUAAAAUAUACCACUUAUCUUUAAUUGCUUUUUUCUGGAUAGAUUGACUGGAAACCCACAUGAACAUGUUGAAGUGAGAAGGCAGAACGUCACAUCUCAGAGCUCCAAAUAGUCAGAGAGCACGUGUUUGUGGCACUAGAGUAGACCUUACCUUUAUUUUAAAAGUAAUGCUUUACUCAAGACAAGGUUUUAGGGCAAAUUAAUGUUCAUAUUUAUGGAAAUAUCAGUACACCCUAAGAAAUGCUUUUUCUUUUUUAAUAUAUUUGGACAUGUAAUCUUCAUUUAAACAGUAUCAAUAAAUGAUAGGUGAUAUAACAAACACCAUGCCACAUUUUUAUUUGGUUGUCUGUUGUAUAAUUUAAAUAAACUUGUCUUG